CCCUAAAAGCAAAUUUAAGGAAGCUCGCUUCUGAUUUUACAUAAUCUCUCUCCUUUUCUCUGUUUUUCAUGAAAUUGCAGAGAGUUCGUUUUUUCUCCCUUUUUUUCUUCUUUUGUUCUAAUUAAUUAAUUUCUCUCUUAAAAAAUAAGUAUCUCUGAUAAGGUGGUUGGUUGCUUCCUAUAGAAACUACCUAACUGGUAUUUGGUUUUAAUAAUAUUCUCAAGAAUAAGUAUUAAUUCUUUUUGUAAGACUACGAGGAGAGUGUAUUAUUAUACACUUGCAGACACAAGAAGAGGCAUGCCUGUAUCAGGAAAACAGGAGACUGCUGUUAAAUCCCUUGGUGGGCAGUCUGGUCUUAAUAUCGCUGGUGUUCCUGUGAAGAAAAGGAGGUUUAUUUGGCCUGCUUCACCUACACCUGAAGAACAACAACAAUCUUUACUACAAAAUUCGGAAAAUAAUUCUUUAGAGAAACAAGAACAUGGUAGCCCAUCUCCUGAAUCAGAACUUGCAGCAGGUUCUUCUUGCUUAUCUGAUGCAAACAAGAAUAUUUAUCAAGAAGAAAAUAAGAGAAAUUCUGACAAUAUAGUCUCGUCAAAUAGUAAUCAUGAGUUGAGAUUUAGAGUUGAAGAACCCAGCCAAUCUCAGGAGUCUGAUUCCUUGGCUAAGCUUGAUGAUGAUGAGAAGCUUUCAACGGCAGAAAAAUCUGCUAACAUUCUGACUGGGGUUAAACCCCUUGGUGGUGUUCCUAUGAAGAAAAGGAGGUUCUUUCGGCCUUCCUCGCCUCCACCUGAAGAUCAAUCUUCCCUGCAUGUGGGAAAAAGUUCUCUACAGAAAGCACAUGGUAACCUGUCUAAGGAGUCUGCUCUUUCAGAUGCUGGUGUUGCAGUAGGUUCUGUCUUAUCUGAGGAUGACAAGAUUUCUUUGCCAGAGGAUGAUAAGAGAAGCAGCGACAACACUGUGCAGUCUAAUGCUGUAGACUACUCGAGGGUUAAAAUUGAAGAAGCACGCCAUAUAACUCAGUCUAAUGCUAAAGUGGAGAAGCUUAUGGCAGUAGAAAAAUCUGUUAAUAUAAUGGUAAAAUCAACAGAAACUGAAUUGAAUGUAGCACCCAAUAAAUCCCCUUCAGUUCAUGUCAGUAGAAAGAUACUUAAUCAGCAAGUAGAAGGAAGAUGUAAACAGAUAUCUUCAGUUUCUGGGAAUCCUGAAUUGUCAUUAGGUUUAAAGGAACCUCAACUUUCUGCUUUGGAGGAUCAGUGUAAUGAUGCAAGUAGUUGGAAUCAGGGAAACGUAGAACCCGUUUCGUUGAAUUUGUCAUUAAGCAAUAGUGAAAGGAAUUCCCAGCUUGAAUUGGACGAUGUGCAGUCCAAUACUGACAGUUCUAAGAUAUUUGCUGACAGAUCGAAUUGGGAUUUAAAUACUACAAUGGAUACAUGGGAAGCUUCUGUGGGUGAAGAAGCUGCUGGUCAAGUAACAGCUGGUGGUUCAAAGAAAGUGGGUGUUACACAUGAUAUAAAGCCCUUGAUGUCAACAGGGAUGGUUGGAGCCAGUAUUGCUUCUGAAAAGCAACUUUUUAAAGAGAGCGAGUCUAGAACCAGUUUUGCUAGAGCAUCUUCACAAUCUGUUGAAACAUCUAAUUCUGAGGAUCGUCUUCAUUUACGCCUUAGUCCAUCUUUUCUUUCUUUUAACAGCCAGACAUCUUCUAGUUCAUCUGCUAACUUAGACUCCACUUCUGCUGUUCCUAAUAUAAGCUUGUCCAGAGGGUUGUUGUCAGGAGGCAAGACGGUUAAUCCUAGGAUUGUAAAAUCUGAACCAUUUGAUGAAAGCCACAGACCUGAUUCUAUAGGAGCUAAAGCCAAUUCAAUGGUACCAUUAGAUUUUAGGGCAGUGUCAGUGAAGAGUGAAUUACUAGAGAAGGUUGCUCAAGAAGCCCCAAGUGCUGGGAAAUCACUUGAUGCUAAAUCUAUGAAAUCUGAACCAUUUCAUGAGGGUAAUCCAGAGAAACUCAAGAACAUGUAUGGAACAUCACAUCAAUCUAAUAAACAGGUGCUACUAGGUCAUGAUAGCAGAGGACUAUCUACUUGUUCAACAAAUGAACAUGUGAUACAAGGACAGGAUACUGGAGUACAGCCUACUUUUUCAACAGGUGAGCAAGUGGUACAAGGUCACAAUACUAUAAAAAAUCCUACUAGUUCAAUAGGUUCAUCCCUGAAUGGCAAUUUGUCAGACUAUUCAGGACAUCGAGGUGAUGAAGGAGUACAUCUUAGCAAUGAGGCUCCAGAGGAAUCAUGUGAAAGUGCUGAGCAGGUUGCUGCAGAAAUGGGUUCUCUACCUGCGUGUCAGAGUUGUGAUGAAAAUAAAUGUUCUGGGACAGUGGAUGCUGCAGUUUCUGAGAAGAAAAGUGUAGAUAAUUCAGACCAAUGCAAACUGAAAUUCAAGGAUGCAGUUCCCCCUGAUGCACAUCGGAAUGGUGAUGGUACUGUGAGUGAUGACGAAAAGAUUAAUUUGUCUGGUGACAUGCUAGAAGAAGACUCUUAUGGCUCUGAAUACGAGUCUGAUGGUAAUUCUGUGCCUAUGGAUAUAGAAGAAGAUGGUCGAGGACAGGAUGAUUAUGAAGAUGGUGAGGUUCGUGAGCCACAACUGAAUGCUAAAGUGGAGGGUUCUAUUUGUGAGAAAAGAGAAGACAUUAGUCAGGGUGAUUCUGAUGAUACAAAGGUGAAUUCUACAGAACUACGUGCUGAUUUUCAUUCUAGUUCAUCCCAUGCUGAGGGCAAGGACACUAAUGUGGAAGAACCUGUUGAAACAGUUAAAGCUGCUCUUAAAGAUAUUGACGCAAUUCAUGAUAGAAAUACAACUGAUGCUGAUAAAGACGUUUCUAGGGAAGAAUCAUCUGCAGUUGAUAUCGUGGUUAGCAGAGCUGACAAAAGGAAGUUAGUCAAGACUAUUCGAAGAAAACCACUUGACUUGGCAACAAAUAAAGAUAAGGCCCUGGGGACAGAACAGUCCACUAAUCAAGCUGCUUGUGCUACUCAAGGAACAAUACUGGCUGCUACUCAAGGAACAGAUGAGAAUGUUAAGACAAAUGGUGGGGAAAAGAAUGAAUCAGCAUUACCCAAGAUGGAAACAUUGAUAAAUGGUGAUAAUGCGCCUAAGGAUGCAAACAGUGGAGGUAACCAGAGUAGGAUUAUUAACCUGUCUAUAGCUUCUAACAUGUCUUCUUUUGGUAAGACGAGAUCUAUAUCAAGCAAGCCAUUGUCGUUGCGCUCUGGAAGAGAGAGAUUGGAUGUACCACUCGAGGGAGAUCGACUUCAUCCUCGAGGGAGGGAUGAAGCUUAUAAUGAUGGUUCUCAGAAGUUCACAAGAGAAAGGUAUCAGGAGUCCAGAAACUCUAGAUGGAAUUUUAUCCAUGGUAGAGGAAGGCUUGCUAGUAGAAUUGAUUCUCUUCGCAAUGAUAGGGAUUCUGAACGUGAUUGCAUUCCCAGACAUAAAUAUGCAACUGCUGUUGCAGGAUCAGAUACUGAAUUCGUGAAUUAUAAUAUGGGAUCAGAUGGUGUAUUUGCUGGUGGUGUUCGGGGAGGAAGAAAGCUAGUGGAUGAUGAUACACCAAUUUUCCGGCAUUUUUCCUCAAGGAGGCGCUCUCCUGGGAGGAGAGAUGGACCUGCCUCACGUGGACUUCAAAUGGUUCGUAGAGUUCCAAGAAGCAUUGAUGAAGACAAUUCUGAAGUUGUUGGGCUAAGGCAUACUGAGAAGAUCAUGAGGGGUUUUCCCGAUGAUGGUGAAGAGCAUUCAUAUUCGCAUACCCAACCUCCAUAUGAGGGAUUAGAUGGUCCCUUUGUCCAAGGAACUAGGAGCUUUUCUGUCCAGAGAAGGGGUCUUCCUCAAAUGCAUUCUAAAUCUCCAAUCAGAUCUCGUUCUCCUGGUCCAUGGUCUUCCAGGAGACGAUCUCCUGAUGGAUUUGUUGGGCCCCCGGAAUUGCCUCAUCGAAGAUCACCACUUUACAGGAUGGAGAGGAUGAGGUCACCUGAUAACCCAGGUUUUCCUGCAGAUAGGGUGGGUAGGAGGCAUAGUUCCCCAUCAUAUCUGUCUCGACCUAAUGAUCUGAGAGAAAUGGAUCCUAGUCGGGAUCAUGGUCAUCCAAGAUCUAUCAUCUCCAAUAGGAGCCCAACUGGCCGUGGUGGUUUACUCCGAGGCAGUAGGAGAUUUGGUAUUGGGGAUCCUCGAGAAAGGCCAGAGAAUGAGGAAUUCUUUGCAGGGCAUGUGCAUUCUGGUCGGUUUCAUGAGCUUGGUGGGGAUGGAAAUGAAGAGAGAAGAAGGUUUGGUGAGAGACGUGCCCCUGUUCGUUCUUUUAGGCCUCCUUUUAAUGGUACUGAUGGUGAAAAUUUUAAUUUCAAUACAGAAGAUGGUCCUAGGUCCUUUAGAUUCUACCCUGAAGUUGAUCCAGACUUCCAUGAAAGACCCAAUUUGAGGGAAAGGGAAUUUGAUAGGCGGAUAAAAAACCGUCCAGGAAAUGCACCUAGAAGACCAAGAAGCAUUGAAGAACAAGAAGGAAAUUACAGGCAUGGAGGGCAGGUGUUAUAUGAUGAUAGUUUUGAUGAUAUGUCUCGAGUGAAGAGGAAAAGAUUUUGAAUAGAUUAACGUACAUCUGUAAUAAGCGUAGAUCCAGUACUUGUUGCCUUAGUGGAGAUGUGAACUAGAUGGCAGAAUUAGUUGUGGUUAUUCCAGCUGAAUACAGGAAUAGCAGGGCACUGUUCUGUAUGUGGUUCUCAACCAAGUUGUAAGCGCAACAUGAGAUGCUAGCCUGAUUUAAGACCAGAUGCUUGCAACACUGGGCGAUUUGUCUGUGUGAUGUACAUAGAUUUUCUGACAAGUCUUCUGGCAUCCUCAUAUGCUAAUUCUGGAUGUUAGCUGCACUUCUUCGAAGUUCCAUUUGAGCAAGUUUUGUAUUGUCAUAAAUGUGGUGGUAUUUUCUAUGUUUAAGGGUCAUUCCGGUGAAAUCAAUUUUGUAUAUUCUUUGGAGAUCCUCAAACUUCUCAAAGCAUCCUCAGCUUUUUGUGCUGAUUAUUGUGCUUAGUAAGCCAGAGCAGGUAUGCAGUGAGGAACUAUGGAAUUUGAGGAAAGUUUCAAGAAAUCAAUAGAGAUUAACUAAUUCAGAAUUGGCUA